AUGCAGCAUUUGUCGGCUCGCAUCUUCUACCCCACCGCCAAGCGGUCGCCUCGGCCAUGGAGCUGGGGGGUAUCAUGGCUCCCACACUACAACUAUGCCAAAGGCCUCGGCGCAUUCUUCUUCUUCCGCCGGCCCCUCUCCCUGAUCAAUGUGCUGGCGCGGGUGGUCCUGCAGGCCUUCGUCCUUGUCCUGGGCUGGCUGCAGCGCCUGUGGAUGAUCCCAGGAGCGCCGCUGGCGCCCGCCCUGGACGUAGGCGGCCGCCCAGCCGUCAUCUUCAGCCAUGGGCUUGGCGGCUUCCGCAGCAUGUACAGCGUCCCCUGCGCCGAGCUGGCCAGCCAGGGCUACGUCGUCCUGGCCGUGGAGCAUGCAGACGGGUCCAGCAGCGCCGCUCGUGUGGCCGGUGCCAAGGACUGGCUGUACUACGCUGGGCUGGGGGGCGAUGCGGGCCAGGUGGACAAGACACGCACGCGGGUGGCUGAGAUGCAGCUGGCCCUGGAUGUGCUGACGGCCAUGGCCCAGGGCUCCCGCCUCCCCGGCCGCAUGACGCUGUCCCACGGGCUGCAGGCCAGCAGGUUCCUUUGCGGCAGCGUGGACCUGGGGUGCGUGGCGGCGGCGGGGCACAGCUACGGGGGGGCCACGGUUGCCAUGCUCGCCGCGGAGGACGCCCGCUUCAAGGCCGCCAUCGCCUUUGACCCCUGGUGGUAUGCGCUGCCCCCCGAGAGCGCUGCGCUGGAGGCCUGGAAGACGACCUGCCCCAUCCUGAUCAUGGGAUCCUACAGCUGGAACGUUCCCAACCGCGAUGGCAUCAAGGUCUGCGGCGAGCGGCAGCAGGAGAGGGUGCUGCAAGCCGCCAGGCACGGCGGCGGUGCCCUCCUCUUUGUCGUACGCGGCACGUCGCACAACACAUUUGCAGACCCCCUGACGCUCUUCAGCGGCCAGGCUGGCUGGCUGCUGAACAGGCUGGGGCUGAGUGCCGAGCUGGACCCGGUCCAGGGCAUGGGCCUGGUGAACACCGCCGCACUUUGCUUCCUGGCAGACCACCUGCCCCUGGGUGCGGGCACGCGCGCCGCGCAGACCUGGUCCCGGGCCGGGGCGUGGAGCCUGCUGGCUGCGCACGCCCAGGGCGAGGCCUUGAAGCCUUCAAAGGGCCCGCUUUCCUGGUGA